ACAGCGGAGGGAACAUGUGCUGCUGACACCGGGGAUGGGAAUAGGAGGACGGCCGGGAUUAUUGUGCUGCUUCCCCGCUGCUGCCUGGGCUGGAGAGAGACCAUCAGGACUACGGCUGUCUGCUGAUCCGCAGAGCUGACACUUAGACCACCGGAACCCAGAUUAUACCCAGGAACUGAUUCUCCUGCACUGCAGAGCUUCAUAUUUUCUUCAGGAAUCAAGAACGACAUUUCAAGUCUUUUACCAUGAACACCAUUAUGUUCAAUAAGAUCAGUGGUCAAGUCCUUUUUGAGGAGGCCACAAGUGAUCGUGAACGGGGAGUUCGACCAUACGUAGUGGCAAUGGAAAGCCCCAGUCCUGACAUAGGUCUUCAAGAUAGUGUUUCAAUGAAGGACAAUGCCAGUCUUAGCCACCGGCGCCCUGGCAGCUCAAGAGGAACCAGCGGUAAAGUGAGGCAUAAACGGCAAGCGUUGCAGGACAUGGCACGGCCAUUGAAACAGUGGUUGUAUAAGCACCGGGACAACCCAUACCCAACCAAGACAGAGAAAAUUCUCUUAGCACUUGGAUCACAGAUGACUCUGGUGCAGGUUUCAAAUUGGUUUGCAAAUGCAAGACGUCGCCUCAAAAAUACUGUGAGACAACCAGAUCUGAGCUGGGCUUUGCGGAUAAAGCUAUAUAAUAAAUAUGUACAAGGAAAUGCCGAACGCUUGAGUGUCAGCAGUGAAGACUCCUGUUCCGAAGAUGGAGAAAAUGAUCCAAGGAGUCACACUAAUGAGGAAGGAUAUGACAAGCCCAUCCAUCAUACUGUGAUUAAUAACCAGAGCUCAGUCAUCAAGUCAGGGAUCAGAGCAGAAGCUACUAACAAUGAAGAUUAUGUGUCCCCUCCGAAAUACAAAAGCAGUUUAUUGCACCGUUAUCUCAAUGACUCCUUACGGCAUGUCAUGGCCACUAAUGCGGUUAUGAGGGAAAAGACAAGGCAGAGGAACCACUCAGGGUCAUUUAGCUCCAAUGAGUUUGAGGAAGAGCUUGUAUCCCCUUCAUCCUCGGAAACUGAAGGCAACUUUGUCUACCGAACAGACACUCUGGAAUCUGGGACAAAUAAGUGUCAAAGUGCAGUUAAUAAAAGAGGGGCCAGCAAGGAUGAGACAUACUGGCGGGAGAUCAAUGCAGCGAUGGCUUUAACGAACCUCGCACAAGGAAAAGACAAACUGCAAGGGACCACCAGUUGUAUCAUCCAGAAAUCCUCACAUAUAUCAGAAGUAAAAACUGUCAAAGUGCCACUAAUUCAGCAAUUCCAAUGACUGAAGCUUGCCUUUCUAGAAACAACGGAGAACCUGGGACUGGUGGAUGCAGCCACAAGCAUGUUUUUGCCUUAGAACAAUUAAAUGACUGUUUUUUUUCUAUAAGCAACCCCGCAAGACUUGGACUUACAUGCAUUUGAUACUCUGUCCUCCGGGUUUUACAGAGCAAUGUAAAUUUUAAUGUCUUAAUUUUUUAAUCAAAUACUAACUUAUUUUAUGUUACAGAGCAUAAAUAUUCUGCUUAUAAGUAAAACUGAUUGCCUUGCUUUUACCAUAUGUGCCUUUACCGACAGAAAUAAGCUAGAACGUGGGCAUGAUAUAAAAUAUUAAUGCCUUAAAUUAUGAAUGCCAUAAUGCUUUGUCUUGUAUUUAAUCUUGGACUUCAUGUUUGUAGUCAGGUCAAAGUAAAACUUACCUGUACUAAAAUGAAUAUAUCUUAAUUUGUUGUAAAAGAAAAGAAAUGAUGCAAUCAUUGCUGAGGUUUAUUAAUGGUCACCAGUAGCAAAGGUGCAUUUCAGAUUAGGUACAUUUCCAUCAUAAGAAUUCUAGGACUUGUUCAGGGUACAAUAGGAUUAGAGGUGGUUCAUUGCAGAAGCCCGUCACACACUAAAAACCACAUUCAAUCCAAUAGAUCUUUAUUAACCUGUCACAGUAAGCCCUGUUGACGACAAAAUGACAACCAUGCAUCUGAAAUUUUGUUCUAAGAUCCCUCCCAUCAUUGAACCUAAUAUAUUGUAUAGAGCAAUACUAUAGUAACCAAUGUAUUCCCCCAAAAAUGACUGUUUAAUCCUGAUUUAUUUUUAAAUAUUAGUCAGUAUAUCACAUUGCUUUGGAAGUAAUAAGAACAUACUAAAGCAGUACUGAACUUGUAAUUAAAGUGCAUCAAUUGUCUAGACUAAGUGGAGGCAGAUAUUUUGCUUGCUGAGGUAAAACAGUGCUCUGUCUUUAUACCACCCACC